AUGUCCCAAGAAAGUAUCAGACUUAAAGUGGAGCUAAACUCGAUGAUCAAGUUCUACGUCAGAACACAUCAAAAGUCUUCACUGAAUGAUUUAAAAAAAGCAAUUAACAACAUUUUGAAAACAAACUACAACAUCACUAUUCCCAGCUAUGCUCUUCGAAGCUCCGAUUGGUUUGAAGUACUGGACAUAUAUACAGUUGGAGAUGUGCUGGAGGACAAUCAAGUCGUGAUGAUAGAUCCCUUCACAAGUAUGCAUUUGAGCUUAAACAAGAAGAAGCUACCAUUCCAACUUCUUAAUAAGGAGCUUUCUGAAACCGAUACUUCUCCAAAGCCAGUAUAUACUGCAGAAAAGGCUGUAAAGAAGAGUCGUGUAUCAAUUCAGGAGUCCCAGCCGAUGCCUGUGCAGUCAGUUACGGAGAAAAUUCCUCGCCAGUCAAUCCUAGAGAAGAUUACUGAACCAACAGUCACCUUAAACCAAAAAAAGAUGGAAAAGACAGAGGAGCUGCAGAAAGAAAGUCCAGAGCCUGAAAAGAAAGUAGAAGUGUCUGUUCAAAACGAAGAGCCUCUUCCAGUUCCGCCAAGGCCAGACAAUUUUAAAGGGUUUGUAGUUAAUAUUCCAGAUCUGAAUAAAUCACAGGGAAUAAAGAUCAACGAGUCUUCAUUUAAGCCACUUAAGAAGAGGCGUGUUGAUGAAGAUAGGCUUGAGAUUGAACUUUGA